AUGGUUAAAAUAUGCACACAUUCAGGCUCGUUCCAUGCCGACGAGUCACUUGCAGUGUACUUGCUUAAAUUGCUUCCGCAAUUUCAGAACGCCGAGUUAGUGCGUUCGAGAGACCCAAAGGAUUGGGAAGACAGUGAUAUUGUUGUUGACGUUGGUGGAAAAUAUGAUGGUACCAAAUUCUUUGAUCACCAUCAACGUGAGUUCAAUACUACUUUUGGUGAGAAUUACGAGACAAAAUUAUCUUCUGCGGGACUUGUAUACAAGCAUUUUGGAAAAGAUAUCAUCAGAGAGGUAUUGGGAUUGGAAGAUGGGGACAAGAAUGUAGAGUUGUUGUACAACAAAAUCUACAAAGAGUUUAUUGAAAGUUUGGAUGCUAACGAUAAUGGUAUCAAUAACUAUCCAAAGGAUGUUGAGUCCAAGUUCAACGAUAGAAACAUUACCUUGCCAUCGAUUGUUUCUAAAUUGAACCCAAGAUGGAAUGAAAGUUGUACUGAUGCUGAUUACGACAGACAGUUUCUUAUUGCAAGCGAGAUGAUGGGACGUGUGUUUGUUAGUUUAUUGGAAGGAUACGGCAAGGGCUGGCUCCCUGCCAAGUCCAUUGUUGAGGAAGCUUUCAAGAGCAGAUUUGAUGUUGAUCCAUCUGGCGAGAUUUUGGUGUUGUCCCAAUUCUGUCCAUGGAAAGAACAUUUGUAUGCCAUUGAGAAAGAUGCUGGGAAGGAAGGUGCCAUCAAAUUUGUAUUGUUCCAAGACUCGAGCGGAAAAUGGAGAGUAUCCACAGUGAGUGUGACAUCAAGCUCCUUUGAGUUUAGACAAGGUCUUCCAGAGAGAUUGAGAGGAUUGAGAGAUGCCGAGUUGAGUGAAAAAGCAGGUAUCGAGGGGUGUAUCUUUGUCCAUGCUGCGGGAUUUAUUGGAGGCGCAAAUUCCAAGGAGGGUGUUUUGCAGUUGGCUAAGCUUGGCUUGAGUGAUGGUAAUUAA